CUAAUGCAUUUCACCUCGGCCUGUCACUGUUGUGCUACUGACGCAGACGAGGGAAAAUCAAAAUCUCGUCUCGUUGCAUAUCAACCAAAUAAAGUUGCGCCCCGCAACGGAUCGAUAUUACGCUCAAAAUGCAGAGGGCCUCCCGGUUAAAACGUGAGCUCCAGAUGCUGAGCACCGAGCCUCCCCCGGGGAUCACCUGUUGGCAGCCGGAGGACCAGGUGGACGAGCUGCGGGCCCAGAUAGUUGGUGGAGAUGGUACACCGUAUGAGGGCGGACUUUUCACCUUGGAGAUCAAAGUCCCCGAGAGGUAUCCAUUCGAGCCUCCUAAUAUCAGGUUCUUGACGCCCAUCUACCACCCAAACAUCGACAACGCAGGACGCAUCUGUCACGACGGUCUCAAGCUACCUCCCAAGGGUGCCUGGAGACCAUCUCUCAACAUCUCCACGAUCCUCACGUCCAUCCAGCUUCUGAUGGCUGAACCCAACCCUGAUGAUCCGCUCAUGGCUGACAUAUCGUCAGAAUUUAAAUACAAUAAACAGCUGUUUGUGGAGAAUGCCAGAAAGUGGACUGAGAAACAUGCAAUCCAGAAAAACACGGGUUCCCUCAAGAGCCAAGACCAAUCUUCUCCAGAUCUGAAAACAUCCCGCAAAAGAGAUUCUGUGGACACAUUGGAGGAAAACAAGAAAAAGCCAGAGGAUGCAAAGAGAGCAUGUUUGUAGCUCAUUACUGGAUAAUUUGAGUGUUUGAACGCAAUUAACACACUCUGAGGUUGAUGAUUACUGGUUUUUUUUUUAAAUUGUCAAUGUCAGUAGAUGCAUAAUAUUUAUUGUUGUAUACUUUAUGAAUAUAUCUUCUUAAUCUUUGAUAUAUGUUUUUAUUCAAAUAUCUGUAAGGCUGCUCAAAGUAGUUUAAAUAAAAAGUUUGCUCUUCAACU